AUUUUUCUUACCAUUAUUGAUUUUAUCCAUAUCUAUCCAAAAUCGCCAGAGAAUCAUCUUCAUCCCUGUCUGGCUCCCCUGCUGUAGUUGUCUACUGUGUGGGAGUAAGAAGCAUCAAUGAUGAGGCAAGGGCUUCUAGCACCCGCUUCCAUCAACCCUUAUCCUCCUGCUGCCAACCACCUCUUGAUUUCCACUUCACAGACAAGUCUGAAAACCCAUCACCCCAUUUUCAGACCCGUUUUCUUCAGUGUCUUUGCAAGGUCUCAAGAUGAUUUCCCGGAACGAACCUCCACCUCCACCGCCACUCAAAGAAAUAGCGUUGCUCACUGGUUUCCAGGCACUCAUUUCAAGGAAAAGAUAUUAUCUACAAGAUUGCCUGCACUAGCUCGAGUUGCCGCUGAUGCAUUGAUGUUGGCUGCGCCAUUAGAUGCUCUAGCAGAAACUUGUGAAGCUGAUAAUUCUGUACUCAAUAUGAAUAUGCCUUUGCUUCUGUUCGUUGCCCUUAUUGGUGCUACAGUCGGAGGAUUACUUGCACGGCAAAGGAGAGGAGAAUUACAGCGCCUGAAUGAACAGCUCCGACAAAUCAAUGCAGCUCUGAAAAGGCAAGCCAAGAUUGAAUCUUAUGCACCCAACUUGAGUUAUGCUCCUGUUGGUGGAAGGAUACCUGAGACUGAAGUCAUUGUCGAUCCAAGGAAGCAGGAGCUAAUCACCCGCCUGAAAAAUGGGAAGAAUCAUCUGAGAAAUCAAGAACCAGACAAGGCAUUUUCCGAGUUUAAGACUGCUCUGGAUCUUGCCCAAAAUCUGAAAAUUCCAAUAGAGGAAAAGAAGGCUUGUAGAGGCUUAGGGGCUUCGUUGCAGAGGCAAGGUAAGUACCGAGAAGCGAUUAAAUACCAUUCUAUGGUUUUGGAAAUUUCGAAUAGAGAAGGAGAGACAUCCGGGAAUACGGAAGCUUACGGAGCAAUAGCUGAUUGCUAUACCGAACUUGGCGAUUUGGAACGAGCGGCUAAUUACUAUGACCAGUAUAUAUCGAGGUUACAGACAGACUGAAAGUGAGAACCCCUUUCCUUUUUCCUUUUUGGUGACCUCGGAUUUUCAUUCCUCAGAUCACCAUUUUCCUCUAAGUGUGAUCCUUUUUGCAACGCCAUAACAAUUCUUAGAAGUUAAGCGAGUUAUGGUUGAGAGCAACUGUCAGCCAAAUUGAUUUAUGUAUUGCAAGCAUGGAAGCUGUGUAGGACCAGAAAUGAACUAGAAUUGAAAGCACUUAUCAAACAGUGAUCUAGAGAUGUAGAAGUGUGUUGUACAUGCCUUCGCCUUUCAUUUGCUUCUUUGAUUCGUGAAUUCAGGAGCACGCGUGCGUGUCCAGUGGACUAAUUUGUUUUUCCAGGAUUAGAUCAAUUCGUGGCCAGAGAAAUUGAAUUGAAAUUUGCUGAAUUUGUUGCUACACACGUAGCGAGUUUUUCUAUUGAUCAUAUGAUGAAAUGGUCCAAAUCAAGGCAAACACAAGCUUGCAAUUUUGACUCUUCAUAGGUGUCUUGUUCAAACUAUGGCGUCAACUGUCAAUAUCUGAGUGACUGUCCAUUCUCAGUGAUUGGGUUGGAGUACUGGAUGGACCAAUGUCUCUCCACUUCCAUUAAUGUGAAGUUUCAAAGUCGUUAAUUACCUACUUGCCAAGGCUUUUCUGCAGAAAAUGGUUAAAAGAUGCCCGUCUUUCUCUCAUUCUCUGAGAUUGAUGGUGGAAAUUAUGAAAGCAAAGCGGGCCAGCCAAGAAAUUGUGUGUGUGUGUGUGUGUGUGUGUGUGUGUGUGAUGGAUUUACCGGAGUGUAAUCUCUGGAUAGAUACGACUCUCCGGGCAUUGGAGAGAAAGCAGAACAAAUCUGUAAAAAGUGAAAGAAGAUAAGGAAACAUUGGAGAAUCUUGGUUGGGGGGUGUCUCGGUAAUGUUGAAGGAUUAGUACUAGUAUUUAGUAAUGAUGGUUCACCAACCCCAAGGCCAAGCACAUCGUAUUCUUUCCUCGUCGGACCUGUUUUUGUUCUGCCCUUUUUGGUUCUCUUUUUCCCUCCUCCACAAUGGUCCACAAUAUUCACCACCCCCUUUUGACCAUGAUAUGAUUCACAAGUGUCUCUUUUGUGGAUGUUUUGGUACUGUUCUGUGUUAAGUAGUACUCCUAUGGAGUAGUAAGUAGUAUUUGGUUUUGAGUACGUUACACAACAACACAGUAAAACUUUGCAAUAUGGAGUGAAGUGAGUAGGUGAGCAAUGAGGAGUUACUGACGAAAAGAAGACAAGAAAGAAAGAAAGCAAAGACUGAUGAGGAUUGAGGGGCUUUGGUCCACGGUCAAUUAAUUUGAAAAGAACAGGAGGGGGGGUCCCAUCUAUGGAAGAAAGGAAAAGGGAAGAAAAAAAGGAAAAUUCACCAAAUAGGAGAUACAAAGUGAGGUGUUGAAUGAAGCUCUCAGAACUGAAUCCGAAUUUUUGUUCUUCUGUUUGACUGUUCUAUAUAUAGCUUUUUCUUGAAUUAGGAGGAGUGAAGGAAGAGUAUCUUUCAUCCUCUACCUUGAUGUUGCAACUGCAUCCUCCGCCUUUACCUUUUUCCGUCACUUUACAUGUUUAGACAAACCAUGAGGGGUUUCUUGGGUGUUUUUUAAACCAUGGGAGGGUUUUCGUGCGAUUUUGCAAAUCACAAGGGUUUCUUGUGUAUUACCCCAAAAAUAAAUACUUCUUCCGUCCCAAAAUUUUUGUCCAGUUUGAGAUUUUACUUUUAGUAUAAUUUGAAUUAAAAAUAAAAAUCCAAAUUAGACAAUAAUUAUGAGACGGAAGGAGUAUUAAAUAGCAAGCCCACACCAA